AAACAGCAACAAAUGCACAAGGAGAACAUGCUGCAGCUGGUAUUUGAACCUGCAACCACCUUGCUGUUGUUACAGGUGAGUGGUUUCACGUGUUUGGUAAAAACAUCUUAACCCGUUAUCCUCGGAGCUCCAGCUUUACUAAAGGUCAGCAGAGGUCAGAUUUACGAGAAUCCACGCUUUAAUCUCAAUCCCAGACCUAACGUUGUUGUGUCUGCCGGGCUCCUGUAAUCUCGCGGCUGUCCGCACUCUCGCGGUAAUCAGCGAUACUUCUGAUGAACCGGUUGGCGGACGGCGAGUCAACAGCAGCUAGUAUACAACAUCGACAUAAAUAUACAUAGAAUUAAACGUUACCGGGAACCGAACGGCUAGCGGGUGAAGAAUGUUUUCGUUUCGGUUCGCGGUCCGUGAGGCUGGUGUCUGCUCCCGAACCCGCUCGGUUCUGUGAACGGGUCCUAACGGACCGUGGAGGCACUCGCAGACCCGGUUCGUGAGCCCGUGACCACGUCUCUUCUCCGGUGUCGUUUCAUCGAAGAGGCUGCAAAGAACCCGAGUGGAUCCAGUUCGGUUGGAUUACUACCGGGACUUUCUCCGGGCCAGGUGAACCUUUUUGACUGCGUCCUUCUGGAAGCGACCGGGUUUUUGUUCGGCAGGAUCCGGGGCUAAUGGAGGACAUGUGACGUGGUGAGGUGGCUGGGCUCGGGGGUCUGAGGAGACCGACCCCUCUGUUCGGUUCUGCCGGCUAAUGAUCCACCCACAGGGCUCGGUAAUGCCCCGGCUGCUCGGGGGGGUGUACUGCCAGUGUCGGUCCGGGUUGGACCCGGGAGGGGGUUCGGGACCGGGACCUCCGGGUCCCCCACCGGCCGACCAGCACGACUGUCCACCGGACUCUGAGCUGUGUGGCGGCCCGGAGCAGGAGCACCGGCUGAAGGUUCUGUUCCAGAUCCUGGACGUGAACGGGGACGGCGGCAUCUGCGUGAACGACCUGAGCAUCGGCUUGAAGAAGCUGGGAGUCCACCGGACCGAGCACGAAGUCAGGAAAAUAGUCAAAGCCGGAGACAAAGACCUGGAUGGACAGCUGGACUUUGAGGAGUUCGUUCAUUAUCUCAGAGACCACGAAAAGAAGCUGCGGUUGGUCUUCAAGAGUCUGGACAAGAAGAACGACGGUCAGAUUGACUCCCAGGAGAUCAUGCAGUCUCUUCGUGAUUUGGGAAUAAACAUCUCAGAGGAGCAGGCAGAGGAAAUCCUCAAGAGAAUAAGGAUGGGUCAGAUCUGGACCCCGGUUCUGUACAUGGAUAAAAACGGAACCAUGAGCAUUGACUGGGAUGAGUGGAGGGAUUAUCACCUGCUGCAUCCAGCAAGCAACAUUCCUGAAAUUAUCCUGUACUGGAAGCACUCUACGAUCCUGGAUGUUGGCGAGAGUUUGAUCGUACCGGAUGAGUUCACUGCAGAGGAGCUACAAUCAGGCAUGUGGUGGAGACACCUGGUGGCCGGAGGAGGAGCUGGUGCCGCGUCUCGGACCUGCACAGCACCGCUGGACAGGCUCAAAGUUAUGAUGCAGGUCCACGCCUCUAAAAACAACAGCAUGAGGAUCACUGGAGGCUUCCUCCAGAUGAUCCGAGAGGGCGGAGUCAGGUCGCUGUGGAGAGGAAAUGGGAUCAACGUCAUCAAAAUCGCUCCGGAGUCCGCCAUCAAGUUCAUGGCAUAUGAGCAGAUUAAACGGCUCAUCGGAAGUGAUCAGGAGACUCUGGGAAUCACGGAGAGGUUUGUGUCGGGAUCGUUGGCCGGAGCGAUUGCUCAGAGCAGCAUCUACCCCAUGGAGGUUCUGAAGACCCGGUUGGCCCUGAGGAGAACCGGUCAGUACUCCGGUAUCGUGGAUUGUGCCAAACACAUCAUCCAGAAGGAGAGCGUGGCCGCAUUCUACAAAGGUUAUGUUCCCAACAUGUUGGGCAUCAUUCCGUACGCCGGCAUCGACCUGGCGGUCUACGAGACUCUGAAGAACUCCUGGCUGCAGCGGUUCGCCACGGACAGCGCCGACCCAGGAGUCUUUGUCCUGCUGGCCUGUGGUACCACGUCCAGCACCUGUGGCCAGCUGGCCAGUUACCCACUGGCGCUGGUCCGGACCCGGAUGCAGGCUCAAGCGUCUCAGGAAGGACCCCAGAUGAGCAUGACGAGUCUCUUCAGACACAUCAUCCGGACCGAAGGACCCACGGGACUCUACCGGGGCCUUGCCCCCAACUUCAUGAAGGUCAUCCCGUCCGUCAGCAUCAGCUACGUCGUCUACGAGUCCCUCAAGAUCAGGCUGGGGGUCCAGUCCAAGUGAGGCGGCACCGGGCACAACCAGGAUAAUUGGGGGGGGGCGGGUUGGACCCAAGCAGCAUUUAUUUGAAGCGGGUCGGUCUUUUGAACCUCCUGAUCUUAAUUCUCAUCCGUAAAGUUUACAGAACCGUCCGCGGGUCUGUAAGGAGGAAGAGGAGUGUGUGAUGAAUGUCUGGUGUCCCUGCUGGAGACCGGGUUCAGGUCCAGUUCCACACUAACACCAGAACCAUGGCUGAGUUUGUUUGUUUUACUUUUAUCCUCAGCUGAUGGAACCUCUUGGCCCCAGAACCAGAACCAGAACCCGGUUAUCUGUGAUGUUUGAGUUUGAAACACUUACAGAAUAAUUUUAGUGAGUUUGUGAUCGGUACUGCUCAGACAUGUUUCUGGUCCUGGCCCUGAUCUUCAUCCUGGUUCUGGUGAACAGGUGUGUGGGAGGAGAGGACAAACUACAGCUUGCCGUAUAGGAGCUCUCCAGAACCAGAACCAGGACUGGGUCUGGAGACCCCAUAUCCACAUCAGCAGACAGCUGAAGGCCACUGGGGGACACUCUUUGGACACGCGUGCUCUAACGGACCCAGAACCGGCCGACUGGACCUCCUUUGGAGAUUAUCUGGUCCUGAGCUGUUCUGGAGCCUCUGGGAUGAGCUGGUCCAGCAGCAUGUCUGAGCUGUAGCGCCCCCUGCUGGCUGACCCGGGUCAGUUCUGGUCCAGAUCCUACAGGUGGUGUGUGUGUAUGUGUGCGUGUGUGCGUGCGUGUGUGCGUGCGCUAUUUAUUUGGAUUAAAGAACUCCUGACUGACUUAUGUUUUCUUUACGCUUUAAAAGCUUCUGGUUCUGACCCAGUGCAGACGUGACCCGCCGCGGUGAGACCAGAACAUUUCUUGACUGCAGCAGCUUUGGUGCCUCAGAGGUCAAAGGUCAGGCGUGAACCCAGAGCACCAGCUGGUUAAAACUUUUAAUCAUUUUGUAAAACCUUUUUUAUAUUUACGAUGUUUUUGUUUGUGUGGCUUUUAUCUCGAGAGGUUUUUUCUAAAAGCUCGUGUUCUGUUUCCGAAGCCGUAACGCUUACGUCUGACACAGAGGUGGGACGUAACGUAAGCAGUGCUGCAUCGGUGUCGCAGCACACUGGAUGGAGCCUGAAACCAUAGAUAUAUGUACAUAAACAUAUAGUGUUUAUCUAUGCCUGAAACCAUGGAAAGGUGCUCUGCUGCACCGGCAUGCAGACAGCUCAACGCGCCGCACACACUUUCCAAGAAGACCUGACUGGAAGUGGUCGUUCAAAGCCGGAAGUCACGUCAUCUUUUAUCCACUAUUUAUUGAAACGUAUUUUAAAAAGGGAAAGAGCUUCGAAGUGAGGUGAAUGUUUUUCCUGUGUUCAAACUGGACCAAAUGCUUCAUAAUUAUGGCAGAUGAUGUUUGUUUGUUUACUUCCUAGUUUACAGAGCAAAUACUGAUGUAACGACCCUCAAAAAACAGUAAACAGGUGAUUGGGAUGUUUACAGUCAACGUCAGGGUUCAUUUCAAGAUCCUGGUUCUGGUCGUUAGGGCCUUACAUGGACAAGCACCAUCUUACAUUGGUGAUCUUCUUAGUCCCUACACCCCCAGCAGGUCCCUGAGGUCCAGUGACCAAAGUCUACUGGUUGUGCAGCACCAGGCUAAAGGUCAAAGGUGACAGAUCAUCUGCUGCUGUGGCCCCCAGACUCUGGAACUCUCUCCCCCUGAGCCUGAGAUCAGUGGACUCAGUGGUCUCCUUCAUAAAGCAGCUGAAGACUCACUUGUUCAAGCUGGCUUUUGUAUGACCUUCUUCACCUCUCUCUUUAUUCUGCUCUCCCCACCUAUUCCACCUUCCUCAGGAUCCACUGAUUUCCCUCUUUCCUGUUCACUCUCUCUCUUUCUUAACAUUUUUUCUUUUAAAUUGCAACAGCCUAUUUUUGCUCAUUUUAAAUAUGUUUUUAAACAUUUUCUAAACGCUUUUUUAUAUUUUUACAUUUUUUUUUGUUUUUGUGAAGCGCCUCGUGAUUUUUUAUCUUGAGAGGCGCUAUAGAAAUGAUAUUUUCUUCUUCUUGAUAAUUAUGGCAGAAUAAAAAUGGUCAGGAGUA